UCAAAAUCGGUCACACUGAUUGCCAGACGCGCCGUUUUGCGGAAAAUUUAUUAUAGUCAAGAAAAAGACAACCCACAAUGGCUGAUUCGGACGACGAGUACGAUCGGAAGCGGCGGGACAAGUUCCGCGGCGAGCGCAGCGAAAGUUACCGCACGGAACGCCGCGACGAGCGCCGCCCGGUGGGAGGUUCAGCCGGCGCCCGCGACGACUGGGCGGAUCGCAAUCCAUUCAGGGGCGCAGCUUCGGCAGGAGGCGGCGGAGGAGGAGGGGCACGCCACAGGCCGGACUACAGCGACUACCGGGGACCGGGACCCAGGGCCCGCUACGGAUCACCGGGCCGAGAUCUGCCGCCCGCCAAGCGGAUGCGACCCGAUUGGGGCGACGGCGAUGUGCGCUCCAAUCCGCGUUUCGGAGGCUACGAUCCGUACUUGAUGCAGGCCUGGAACGAUCACUACCAGUCCAUGCACUCGGCCUACUCCCAUGCCGGCCAUGCCCCGCCCCCUCGGGAGUCCCUAGGCGGCGGCGGAGGCGGUGAUACCCUCACCCAGCCGGCCAUGCUCAACCUGAAGCAGUUCCUCGACACCCAGGACGAGAACAUCUCGGACUCGGAAGUGAUGCGCAAGUACACCGAGUACAAGACGGACUUCAAGCGGCAGCAGCUGAACGAGUUCUUCGUGGCCCACAAGGACGAGGAAUGGUUCAAAAAUAAAUACCACCCCGAGGACAGUGUAAAGCGCAGCGAGGAGCAGCGAGGCUUCCUGCAGAGACGAACUGAUGUCUUCGUGGAGCUGCUCGAGAACGGAACUAUUGGAGGGGUGAAGGUGGAUUCCUCGCAGGGUGAUGCCCUGAUCCGCGUGUUGGACACCUGUGUUAUCAAGCUGGAAGGCGGCACAGACGAGGACCUCAAGGUGCUGGACGAGAAGCCCAAGGAGCCGGUGGUCUAUGAGCGAAAGGCGGAGCCAGUAGAUUCUGCCAAGUCAGCAGAGGAGACAAUCAAGAGUCCCAAGGAAGAGAAGAUGAACGAGGACGAUUCGUUGCCCGUGGUUGUGUCGCCUCAGCGGAAAACUGUGAAACCCGUAAAUUCCGACGAGGAGAACUGGGAUGAUGAGGAGCCCGAAAAAGCGCAGCCCAAAAAAGAGGCGGAGGAGGAUUCAAAGGUUGACGAGGACAAGCAGCCGCCUAAGAAAAAGACAAAGAAGCGCAAACGGAAUAGCAGCGAUGAUGACAGCUCCUCUUCCGACUCCGAUUCCAGUUCCAGCUCAGAUGACGAGAAGCUCAAGGAGAAGUACGACGUGGAAGACGGCCUGAGGAGUGAGCAAAAAGCCGAGGCGGAAAGGGACAGACAAGAAGCGGCCAAGGCCAAGCAGGCACCGGAAAGUCCAAAGCCGGAAGAGGUUGUGGAAAAGCCAGCUGCUGAAGUCGAAGAAACAGAGGCAGAGAAGAAAGCCGACGAGAAUGACGAGGCGGAAAAGUCACCGGAAACAGAUUCGGCUGCGGUUAAGGAGUCGGAAAAUGGAGGCGAGGAAAAAACAGAAGAGGGAGAGGAAAAACCUACCGCAGAUGAAAACAAACCUGUCGAAACCGAGACCAUCGACCUGGACAAGGUAAAGGAUGGCCAGCCAAGGGCGCUGCAUCGCACCUCCUCCAUUUUCCUGCGCAACCUAGCACCCUCCAUAACCAGAGCCGAGAUCGAGGGCGUUUGCAACCGUUUUAACGGCUACCUUCGCGUGGCCAUUGCCGAUCCCCUGGUGGAGCGUCGUUGGUAUCGCCGCGGCUGGAUAACCUUCAUGCGGGACGUCAACAUCAAAGAGAUUUGCUGGGGCCUGAACAACCAGCGGCUGCGGGACUGCGAAAUGGGAGCCAUAGUCAAUCGGGAUCUAAGUCGACGGGUGCGCCCAGCCAACGGCAUCACCGCCCACAAGCAGGUGGUGCGUUCGGACAUUAAACUGUGCGCCAAGAUCGCUUUGAAUCUGGACGAGAGGUUCAAGCUGUGGACUGAGACGUCGGCAAACGAAGCGAAUGCCAAGACUGCGAGCGAAUCUUCGGCGAAUGGCAGCGCCUCCACGUAUGGCUUCAAUUCGAAGAAUCCGGUGCUGCAAAACAUCACCGAUUACCUCAUCGAAGAGGCGUCCGCCGAGGAAGAGGAGCUCCUCGGCCUCACAGGCGAAAGCAAGGACGCCGAGGGCGAACCCAUCGAGCGAGAUGAGCAAUUAAUAGCGGUUCUGGACCGCCUAGUACUCUACUUGCGCAUUGUGCACUCUGUGGACUAUUACAACCACUGCGAGUAUCCGUACGAGGACGAGAUGCCCAAUCGCUGCGGCAUCAUCCAUGCCCGCGGUCCGGCGCCUGUUCGCGUAACCAGCAACGAUGUGCAGGAGUACAUCAAGACGUACGAGGGCAAGCUGCAACAGUUUCUCACUAAGACAACGCUACUCGGCGAGGAAGAGAUUAAGGACCUGGGCGCCAAGGACGCCGAGACCGAGGUGGAGAAGUUUGUGCAGGCCAACACACAGGAACUGGCCAAGGACAAGUGGCUAUGCCCGCUGUCGGGCAAGAAGUUCAAGGGCCCCGAGUUCAUACGCAAGCACAUCUUCAACAAGCACGAGGAGAAGGUGGACGAGGUGCGCAAGGAGGUGCAGUACUUCAACAACUAUCUGCGCGAUCCCAAGCGCCCGCAGCUGCCGGAGCAUCCGGGCAGCUCUAAGCGUCCGGAAUCGGAGUCAAGCCGAGGAGGAGGCUACCGCCCGCCGAUGUAUCCCCCCUUUUCGGCGAUGCCCUACGGCUUUGGCCCACCCAUGAUGGGUGGUGGACGUGGAGGACGUAAUUUUCCUCCUGCCCGCAGACCCGGUGGUUUUGAUUAUCGACCCAGAUCACACUACCGGGACUUGGACGCGCCGCAAGAACCGUACUAGAACCACAAACUAAAUCAAUUGUAUUUAUCACAUUAAUAAUUGCUAAACACUCAACUUAAGCUAUCCCGAUUGACGCCUGUUUUGUACGGUAUACUUUUGUAUUCCCUUAAAGAAAUCGAAAUAAAGUGCGAAUGAAAAGCGAA